UUGACCUGUUUUUCCUGUUUACCAACAACAUAGCUCUUGCUGUCUAUUCAGUAUUACAAGGUUUACAGAUGGUUGCCAUGGGAACAGCUCGUCAUGGUCAUGCAACUGUAGUGUUAGAGUGCCAUGAUCAUUGCAAGGAAAGUGAAUAUGGUGCUGUAGAGGUUGUGACCUUGAAACAUUCCUAUCCCUUGAAAGUCUUGGUACCAGAGCAUACUGGGAACCCAAAAUGCAAGUGGAUCUUUCCCAUUGUAUUUGGAGGGGGAUUGGUAGGAGGUGACAAUGUUGAAAUAGUAAUAGAAACCAAACCAAACACAUGUGGUCUACUCACUAGCCAAGAAUCUACAAAGGUCUACCAUUGUGAAGAUGAUCUGUUGACAACACAGAAGAUGAAUUAUAUCGUUGGUGAUAACUCCUUAUUGUGUGUUCUCCCUGAUUAUUGUGUGUGUUAUAAAGAUGCAAACUUUCUACAAACACAAAAUGUGCAGAUGACAGAAAGUGGAAACAUUAUAUUGUUAGAUUGGAUGACAUGUGGUAGAUCUGCUUUACAAGAACAGUGGCUGUUUAAAAGUUAUAAGAACAGUAUACAGAUAGAUGUAGGUUCUAACACAGUUUAUAAAGACAGCAUCCAUCUACAUGAUGUACCAGGAUUAAAGAUGAAAUCAUCUAUGAAAAAUUACCAGGUAAUGGGAACCUGUAUUAUCCUUGGAAAGAGAUUAAAAGAGAUUAGCAAUAGUUUAUGCAAACGUUACUCACAACCAGGAAAAUAUGGAGAAAGUGUAAAAACUGAUGUGAUCUGUACAGUCAGUGCUUUACAGAAAGGAGGGAUGUCGGGGGUUUAUUUAAGAUUCCUAGCCAUUAAUACAGCACAGGCUUAUACAGUGAUAAAAGAAAUAGUUGAACCUCUGCUUCCUUUGUUGGGUGCAAAUCCCUUCCAGAACAAAUAUGGAUGAUAUAUAUAUCCCAUGUCACAAGAGACUUAAUUGCUGCUCAAGAUUUGAUUGUCUUGCCAAGAACUUAACCAUUCAAAUAAGUUUAUUCGGAAUCGUCAUGUAUUUCUAAUCAACAUAUUUUUUUAUCAAAAUCAUGUGUAACUAUUCAAUCAAUCUUUUAUUUUACAUUUAUUCCAAUUUUAAGUUGUAUUUAUAAGUUCAGUAGGAGGGCAGAAAAAGGAUAAAUGCAAAGUUAGAAAAUUAUCUCCCCAUUACACCACCUAAUUUUUACAAUCAUAAAAAUGGAAGCCAUUAUAGGGAUGACGUGCAGUCAAUUUAGCUCUUGAAAACUGAUAAAUUUAUCCACAUAGCGUCAUUACAAUCCUUAUAUGCCAGUUGUAUUUUAAAAGACAAAUGUAUCUACUAGCUAUUGAUCAUCAUUAAAUGUACUUUUAUGCCUUUAGUCAACUUAAAACUAUUGUCUGAUCCUUUGUCAGGGAGAAUUUUCAAAAGUUCAAAAACAUUAAAAAAAAAUCUAAUUAAAUAUUUCAUGGAAGGACAGAAUAAAAAAUUUCAGAGGUUGAAGACUAAUAACCCUAGAUAACACAAACAAAAGAUGAGUUUUUUUAAGUAGCUGUAGCGGAGGGGGCAUUAAGUUUUACCCAUGUCCAUUUGUAUGUCUGUAUGUCACGAAUUUGGUUUCCGUUUUCUAACUUGGGUUGCCUCAACCAAAUGUUAUGAAAAAUAUACACAAUGCUUAUUACCACAAAACUCAGAUCAAGUACGAAUUUGGGUAGUAUCACUUUUACCGUUCUUGAGUUAUGUCCCUUUAUUACGUUAUAUGCAAGCGGGGGCAUCAUCUGUGUCCCAUGGACACAUUCCCCAUUUAUUUAGUCCUGUGAACUUUUAAUGUUAUUAUAUCAACCUGUAGCCUAAAUAUAUAGAAAUGUUAGAAUGUGAAGCGAGAUAAUGUAUCAAAUAUUUUUGCUUUAUACGUUUUCAAGACAAAAUAGUAAACUGAUACAUGGCCUCAACAUAAAAAGGAGUACUUGACUUUCUCUUUUCGAUGAAAUUAUUGCCCAUUUUUAAGAUAUUUCCCAAACAUUCUGUCUACGUGGCAGAGAAGAUAAUGCUUUAAAAAGAUUCAUCUUUUAUCUUUCUGUGGAAAUGUUUUUGAUUGAAUUUAUGCUUAUGCACAAUAAAGGUCCACAUGUAUUUGUGGUCCUGUGUAUUGGAGAAUGUGAAAUAAAAAAGAGAUUUCACUAUGAAUGAAACAUACUUGUUAUUGUAAUAGUGCAUAUUUAACUCUUUGCAUUAAACAGUGUAAGUUAUGUUCUAAACGUAAGAAAACAUGAAAUCGAAAAUGUGGCAAACGUGUUGCAUGAAAAUGACACUUUAAUUACCACACAUUCAGCUGUUUCUACAUCAGGUGACACAAUGUAAGCAAAACAUAACUUGACCAUUGGUCUAAAGUAAUCAUGUGAAUGUUCUCUCAUAUAUAAGUUUAAAUUUACGACCAUGCUGUAUUCUUUUUAUCUUGAAGUUUAUUUCAUUUAAACUCAUCACUAUGAACAUACAAGACAUCCAUAGUUAUAUAUGAUAAUAAUCAAGAUAUCCAUUAGCAAAGCACUGCAUUAUACGUUUAUUUAUAUUAUUUUAUUAACUUUGUAUAUAGGUAAAUAUAUGCAUUUAUUAUUUAUUUUAUAUCACUCUUAUGAACAAUAUUAAUUUACCUUUUGUUUUAUAUACAAUUUGUUAACAAAUAAAAAUGAAAUAUCAGGUUGAAAAA